UCAUUCUCAAAGAGCGAACUUAUGCAGUCGCGUCCUUCGUGCGAGUAAUGAAUACAGAAGAAGCGACGGGGAAAGAUAAAACACUUAUUUAACACUGCGGCGCGCAAAAAGCGCCUGAUAAAAAGUGACAUAAAUAAAAAAAAAAGUGAAAGACAUGACGUUGCGUAUAGCCUACCGCGGCGGCGCGUUAUCAUACAUCGUAAACAUCGUAAAUUUAAGAUGCAUUGUCUCCACGUCAGUGAAGUAAACGACCAUAAAACUGUGAAAAGAGAGCGAUACGCGCAGCUCGGAUGGAAAAGACGACAGUUAUUAAUGAUGAACGGGUAGCGCGAGCCGCCCGCGCGAUGCAGAAAGAAAUAGCGAAGAAAUAGCGCGAAGCAACUGGUCUAGCUAUGAGUCACUCCACGUCGCGAGAGCGACGGAAGACCGGGCUGAAAUUAUACGGAGCGUCACUCACACAUCAGAGCGAAAGUUCGUUCGUCGCGUCCCGCGAGAGUCGUCGGCUCUCCCGCGUGCGUCGUUUUCAUUCGGCAGAUAAAUCUGGCGCGUUAUCUCUCGCUCGUUAGCGACCAUGGUCUCGGAACGUUCAUCGCUGCUGCCGUUGCGACUUUAUCGUCAAAACCACGGAUGCUGAUGAAUGUCUUCUUCCGGCGCGCGUUAUCGCCUCGCACCGCCCGCGCUCUGCAACGAAUGCGCGAGCUUUCGGCAAAUGACGAAAAUAAUUAAAUUCCGAGAGAGAGGAAGAGUCCCUCGAUCGCGCGAGAGCUGGCCGCAUUGUGCGCAUUUGCAAGACGGACGCUCCACGCAAAAGAAUUGAUCAAUUAGUCCACAAAUUGGCCAAGUCGAAACGGCAAGAAGCAGCUCGCGAUUCACGAGAGGCAGAGGAAACGACGGAACAGCCGACACAUGUAGCAUUCGGGCAUCGGUAUAAUGAAGCCGUCCAUGAAAAUGGGAGUAAUCGCCUUGAUAGGGAUCUGCGUAGUGUUUUAUCAGUAUCACCUGUCUACCGGCAUUACUUUCGAUCAAGUAACGGCCUUCAAUGCGGACACCGUCGCGGAAGACGCCGGGGGUUUGCCGAUCGGCGAGGAGGGUGAUAACUACGGAAAAACCCCGAGGCUCACCGAGAACAUGAUUCGGUACGCCGUGUACCGAGUGCAAACCGCGAACGGCCUGAGUCCGGAGAUAAGCUCGAUGCUCGUGCAGGAGCUUGUCAGUCAGUUGAGCAAAAACAUCUCGGUGGCCUCCAGAAAUAAUUUCAAGCUUCCGUCACAAUCACAACCCCUCGCAACGACGAUGCACAAGGCGGUCUCGACGGCGCCCCGUCAACCACAGCCGAAUCCCGAAAAGCCCGUUGAGGAGCCUCUGUACAUCAUCACGCCGACAUAUCGAAGACCCGAACAGAUCCCUGAGCUUACGCGGAUGGCUCACACCCUGAUGCUAGUCAAAAAUGUGCACUGGCUCGUCAUCGAGGACGCAGCCGUCGCCACCAAACAAGUCACCAAGCUGUUGGAACGGACGGGCUUGAAGUUCGAUCAUUUGAUCGCUCCGAUGCCGGAGAAGUACAAGCUGAAGAAGGGCGCGAAGCCGCGAGGGGUGUCGAACAGAAAUCGCGGUCUGCAGUGGAUAAGGGCGAACGCCACGCAAGGCGUGUUCUAUUUCGCCGACGACGACAAUACUUAUGAUAUUGAGCUCUUCGAUGAAAUUCGCAAGACGAAGACGGUGUCGAUGUUCCCGGUGGGACUGUGCACCAAGUUCGGGCUGAGCUCGCCAAUCCUGAAGAACGGCAAGUUCGCCGGAUUCUACGACGGCUGGGUCGCCGGCCGCAAGUUCCCGGUGGACAUGGCCGGGUUCGCGGUGAACGUUCAGUUCCUACAUCAACGACCGAAUGCGAGUAUGCCGUUUCGCGCGGGAUACGAGGAGGACGGCUUCCUGAAGAGUCUGACGCCGUUCGAGCCGCGCGACGCCCAACUGUUAGCGGACAAUUGCACCAAGGUGCUCGCCUGGCAUACGCAGACGAAGAAGAACGAACCGAGUGCGUCGCUCGACAUGAAGCUGUACGGUUCCACGAAUCUGCCGAAACUCAAGCAGCAGAUAGUAUGAUGCCGGCCGGCCGGGAAGACGCGCGGACUCUGAAAACCUGAAUCUUAUGUAUGUGUGUAUGCGUGCGUACGCGUGUGUGUGCGUCUGUGUGUGUGAUCCCGCCCUACGCCCUUCGCACUAGUUCGUCGGUGUCACUCCAAAGGGAAUUCCCAGGUGCGGAAAAAAAAAAAACUGUGCGAUUCAGUGCCUAAAAAAUAGUAUUUACACCUUCCUCUUUCGCGCGCGCGACGGGGGAGGGACCGUUAUUACCUUUUAAGCGUAGCCGGUAAAAAAUAUUGUUUUUUUAUUAGCUUUUACACAUCCGCAGCAAGUAACUCACCCCGAAAAUGGUCCGCCCGUAUGGUACUUCGAGAAUAUCAUAAGGGAGACAACGAGAUAGAAUCUCCGGGGCGGCGCUUCGACCUCGGUAGUGAUUAAAAUUUAUGAUCGGAAUUUAUAUGUUAAAGAUUCCAAGUCGUCUGUUUUAUGUCCGCUCUUAUUAUUAUUAAUUCACAUUAUUAUACGAUAUAUAUUGCAAUUGCGAAUAAAUCUCUUUUAUAAAACUGAAUUAAUUUAGAAAAAUUUAGAAACAAUAUCGUUCUCUUACUUUGAACAAAUUUAGUAGAAUAUAAUGCGUACGAUGGAAUGGUCGACGAUAGCUGAAGAUCGAAGCGGUUUAGAAUUAUUUCUAACGCGUGCAAAGUGUAGGACCAAAGAAAGCGAACAAGUCACUCGCAGUAACGCUGAGCUCUUAAAUUAUCCUAUUACUUUAUUCUACCUGAGGGAUUCGCGUCCCGAGUGUUCCACGAAAAUAGAUUCUCUAUUCUAUUCCAUUCUAUUUUAGCGAAGUCUAUUCCUAAAGUUGCUGUUGCACGACGCGAGGUCAGAGACGGUUUGACCAAAGAGUAAAAAUGUCACGGCAAAGGUGGUUCUACUUUUAGGUGACUUUUACGCCCCUCGAAUUCACGCUCAUCGAUCUCUCAGUUGGUGAACUCGACAUACCGCUCAUUUAGCUAAGUUACCAAGUUACAAUUUUAACGAUCGUCAGAUUGUUCGUCCAAUCCUGCCCCGCUUCUUUAUGCGAUUAGCAAGUAAUAGCCAAGUGUUACGAAAUAAAAAGUUAAAGCAAAGUCCCUUGAUAAGAAAUCCUCGUAUCCCUUUUAAAAGCUUUCAAAAGAAACAAAAAAAAAAAGAUAGAUGUUUAAAAGCGUCAUAAUACGGAGUAUAGUAUUUUAAGAUUUAUCAAUCGUCAUUUAGAAGUCAUCAUUUACGAGGACUUCUGAUUAAGAUACGAAACUCUCUUCGAUAGAUAAUUGAAAAUUGUGAAGAAUGCACGAGAUAUUUUUCCGUCAAGUAUCUUUGAUUUAUACUUAUAUUUCUUUACGGCUAUUUUGUCGUGUUCUUUAAUACACUGCGUUUAUGAAUCUGAAAGGGAAAUUUAUAGCGUAGUGAUUGUCUCGAAUUUAUAACUUAGUCUGAAUGAAAUUAGAGGAAUCUGACAAGUGAAUUUUACGACUGAACGUCGAGAAAUACUUGUGCGUGUCGAACAACAUUCGCCACACAAGCAUUCUCGUCUGCAUUCGACUGAAUAGAGAUACUUCUAAUUAUCGAUCCAAUUGCUUGUCAUUGCUCUUUUAUUUCCAUUGCUGAUAUUAUAAACAAAAUGACGAAUUAUAAUCAAACAGACGAGUGUUGCGUAUUUGCGCGCGCGCGUGUAUGUGUGUGUGUGUGUGUGUGUGUGUAGAAAAUAUGUACUUCCUAGAAAGGCAUAAUAUUUAAAGCUACCUUUGACUCUUCUUAUACAACAUAGUUCGCGCGAGUCGGGUUUCAAAAGAUCCAAUAUGUUUUACGUAGAUUGAAAGGAAAAACUAGAAAAUAAGAAAGCACCGAGUGCUAAGCAAAAUCCAAAGAAUCACUCGGAUGGUCUCAUGGAAACGGUCGAGGUAUCGAAUCAUAAUGUACAGUGGAACCUUGAUAUAAAUCCGUAUAUUCAGUUACUAUACAUAUCUCUAUAAAAGUUCGACCAAUAUUCAAUCAAAUAUACAAUUUUAUCUACUUGCUUGUGACUUUACUUACACAAGUCUUUCACGUAUAUAUUAUAAUAAUUUAUUUAAACAAAAAGACAACGUAGCUAUUCUAAAUUAGAUUGUUACACGUAAAAGAAUCUCUAAAGAUUAAUUGUGUAAAGUAAUGAUUAAUCACUGAUUAGAAUAUUAAUUAUUAGUCGAUUUAAUUGGUUCGAGCAUUAGGAGUUCUGCUGUACAAACGCUGGGAGAUGCGUGGAAAAAUUAAAAAAAGGACGCUCCUCUUUCGUUAAACUUUAUAUCCUUGCAAUGUUACAAUAUGUAACAGUAGCCUUGAUCUAUUGUCUUUAAAAUCUAUUAUCGCGAAAAUCAUUAGUUAGAUCGGAGUGGCUUAGAAACAAUUUUUCCAAAGGUGCGACACUUAAAUUUCUUACGACACUUUGAUUUUCGCGAAAGUGAUUCACUUUAUCUUACCUAGCGUGUGACGCUUUGUAGCGAUAGACGUAAUGACUCUCUUCAGCGUGUGGAUGAUAAUAAUUUAUCGCUAGAGCGUGAACUAUAUCGUGUCGAUAUGACACCAAAAAAAAAAAAAAAAAAAAAACUAAACUCGAGAAAAACUAUACAUAUAUAGCGUAUAUAUGAUAUAUCUAUGCGUUAAUAUAUUGCACUAUUUAGAAAUCGGUGAAGUGUCGAAAAAAAGUGCGGAAUAGCGUUAUAUUUCUCGCAAUCACACAUAUCCUAGUUGGAAUGUGCGGAGGUUUGUGUACAGAAGAUACGUUCCGAAGAUUUACGUUCCCGAUUGAUUUAUACGAGAAUAACGGUUUGCAAUAAACUUACGACAAGCAAUACGAUUCUAGCACGCGGUUAGAUUGUAGAGAGAACGAGAGCGAAGUGAAUUAUUCUCAUUUUAUCGGAAAGCCCGAGAGAUGUAUGUAGCAAGUAAAAAGUUAUAGCUUUAAUUUCGUGAAAAAAAAAAGAAAAAA